GAAAGUUGGACACAUGGAAUCAGUAUUCCAAAAAUUGAUCCAAAGGGUUUGGAGCUGAGGUGAAGACCACACUCCACAUGGUCCACACAGGCUCAUGCCAAAAGGGUCACAGGAAGGACAGAGAAGAAAAGGGAUUCUCCUAUUAAAAGUUAGCAUUUACAAGAGAAACUAAGGACUCAUCGCAUGUUCAGACUGUUUCCUCAGAGGAGGAGAGGUUGUAUAUAACGCUAUGCAUGAAGAGCAACAGCCCAAGAGACCUGCAUUGACCUCCCAGUGUAGAGAUGAGAAGACAGAGGCUCCUCCAUGGCAUCCCUUUCAUUUAUGAGGUCACACAGAAUGGUCCCCUGGUUUCUGAUGAAAAGUCCCCAGGAAAGAAUCAGCCUUAGCCUUGGAAGGCCGAACAGCUGUGUUCAAGGCCUCAUUCAUCCAAUGACCAGGGGACCCAAUCCUGUGACCUGCAGGGCCUGCAUGAGUUCUGUGAGACAGCAAGUGCCAGAGAAAAAUAGAGCAAGUAUCAUGGCCUGAUGUGUCGGGCCCACACCACAGUCCUCACCGUGGGGCUCUGCCUCAGCAGGCUCAGGAGGCUCCAGCUGGUUCAGGACAAGCUCAUCCUGGGGAUUCGCCUGGGAUAUCAGCUCCGGUGAGGAAUCAAAGACAGAAGAGGUGGACCUGGGGAAGACAGGUACCAUGAACAAGAUCAGCCAAGUGGUGAAGCAGGUCAGGGCUGUCUUCAACUCCGGCCAGACGCGCCCGCUGCAGUUCCGGAUACGGCAGCUGGAGGCGCUGCAGCGCAUGAUCAAGGAGAGAGGGCCGGACCUCACCGGUGCUCUAGCAGCAGACCUGAACAAGAAUGAAUGGACCAGCUACUAUGAGGAGAUAGUGUAUGUCCUGGAAGAGAUCGAGCACACGAUCAAGAAUCUCCCUGAGUGGGCUGCAGAUGAGCCUGUGGAGAAGACUCCCCAGACACAGCGGGAUGAGUCCUACACCCACUCAGAGCCCCUGGGUGUGGUCCUCAUCAUUGGCACCUGGAACUACCCCUUCAACAUUACCAUUCAGCCCAUGGUGGGCGCCAUCGCUGCAGGGAAUGCAGUGGUCCUCAAGCCCUCAGAGCUGAGUGAGAACAUGGCGAACCUGCUGGCCACCGUCAUCCCUCAGUAUCUGGACAAGGAUCUGCACCCAGUGAUCAACGGGGGUGUCCCUGAGACCACAGAGGUGCUCAAAGAGCGAUUUGACCACAUCUUGUUCACGGGCAGCACAGCUGUGGGAAAGAUUGUUAUGACGGCCGCUGCCAAGCACCUGACCCCUGUUACACUGGAGCUAGGAGGAAAGAGCCCCUGUUCCGUGGACGAGGACUGCGAUCUGGACAUGGCCUGUCGACGCAUCACCUGGGACAAAUUUAUGAACAGCGGCCAGACUUGUGUGGCCCCUGACUAUAUUCUGUGUGACCCCAUGAUCCAGAACCAAAUCGUGGAGAAGCUCAAAAAGUCACUGAAUGAGUUUUAUGGGGAAGAUGCCAAGAAGUCCAGUGAUUAUGGAAGAAUCAUCAAUGCCCGACACUUCCAGAGGGUGAUGGGCUUGAUCAAGGGCCAGAAAGUGGCUCAUGGCCACACUGGGGAAAAAGCCUCCCGCUACAUAGCUCCCACAAUCCUCACGAACGUGGACCCUCAGUCUCCAGUGACGCAGGAGGAGAUCUUUGGACCAGUAAUGCCCAUUGUGUGCGUGCAUAGCCUGGAGGAAGCCAUUUGGUUCAUCAACCAAAGUGAGACACUGGCUCUCUAUGUGUUCUCCAGCAAUGACAAGGUGAUUAAGAAGAUGAUUGCAGAGACUUCGAGCGGUGUGAUGACAGCCAACGAUGUCACUGUCCACAUCACCGUGCCCUUCCUGCCCUUUGGGGGUGUGGGUGAGUCUGGGUGGCAUGGGGCCUACCAUGGCAAGAAGAGCUUUGAGACCUUCUCCCACCGUCAUUCCUGCCUGGUGAGGUCUCUGCAGAAUGACGAGGCCCACAAAGUCAGGUACUCACCAACCCCAGCCAAGAUACCGUGGCAUUGA